GCCUCAACUUGCAUUUCAAUAUUCGUCAUGAAAAACCAACCCGGUCAAUAUUUACAUCGCCUUUAACCAUCUUCGAAACUUCCGAGUCAACUCAUCGAAAUCGCCCAGAAUUUGACUCUUUUAUAAUCACGGAUUCCCACUAUAAGAACCAAAAAACAAAACUUGCUUUACGCAACAGAUAAUUUAUGGAGUUUUUCAACAAAGCCAAAGCUGUUCGACUCAAAAGCCAUCUCGACAAGUACUUAGUAGCAGACGACGAUGAACAAACUGUACGACAGAGCCGCAACAGCGGCGCCUCCAAGAAGGCGCGGUGGACGGUAGAGCUUGUGGAAGGGAAUCCCCACGUAAUCCGCCUCAAGGGCUGCAAUGGGAAGUACCUUACCGCCACCGACGAGGCUUUUCUCCUCGGCGUGACUGGAAAAAAGGUUCUGCAAACAGUUCCGGUGACAAUGAAGGAUAAUUCAGUAGAAUGGGAGCCCAUUAAGGAAGGGUAUAAAGUGAAACUGAGAACUAAAGGAGGCAAAUUCUUGAGGGCUAAUGGUGCAACGCCGCCGUGGAGAAAUUCCAUAACUCAUGAUCUGCCGCACAGAACCGCCACCCAGGAUUGGGUUCUGUGGGAGGUGGAGAUGGUGGAUAUAUCUGUGUUGGACAACGAGUAUAUAUCGAGCUGCGCCUCUAGUUUUUCAUCGGAAUAUGAAUAUUCAGCUUCAAACACUCGUUCGCCAUCAAUUACCCACGAGAGCAGGGAGAAUAGCUUGCAAUCCACCGCCGCGCCAGAGAGUCGUCGGCCGUCAAUCUCCACUUCUCAGAGCCGCUGGCCGUCAAUUGCAUCAGAUAGGUCCUCACAGACAAGUGGAAGACGGGGUGGAAUGGAGUUCUUCAGCAAAGCUAAAGCAGUUAGACUCCAAAGUCAUCUCGGCAAGUACCUGGUAGCAGAUGAAGACGAAGAAACAGUCCGGCAGAGCCGGAACGGUGCUUCACACAAGGCACGAUGGACAGUUGAAUUCAUCGAAGGAAAAAAUACCGUAAUCCGCCUUAAGAGCUGCCAUGGCAAUUACCUCACGGCGGCGGACGAGCCAUUUCUUCUCGGCAUGACCGGAAAAAAGGUUCUGCAAACUAUUCCGGCAACGAAAAUGGACGCUUCAAUUGAAUGGGAGCCUGUAAAAGAAGGGAACUGCGUGAAACUAAUGACCAGGGAAGGGAAAUUCUUGAGGGCCAAUGGAGGGACGCCGCCAUGGAGGAAUUCAAUAACUCAUGAUAUUCCACAUAGAACAGCAACUCAAAACUGGGUUUUGUGGGGAGUGGAUAUUGUGGAUAUUUGUAUAUCGGACUCGGAUUUGGGGUCGAGUUUCCUAUCGCGGACCUCAAGUUUUUCUUCAUUGCCGGAGGAUUAUACGGGUUCGCCGGAUACAGGGUCGCCGAUUAUCCAAUCUAGAAGGUCAUGUAACGAAUCCAUGAAACAGGUCUCCGGCAUGGAUUUUUUCAAGAAAGCGAAAUCCAUCCGACUUAAGAGCCAUCAUGACAAGUAUUUAACAGCAGGCGACAACGAAGAAUCCACGAUCCAAGAUCGUGCUGGCUCGUCGAACAAUGCUAAAUGGACGGUCGAGUUUGUUGAAGGUGUGGACAAUAUCAUACGUUUGAAAAGUUGUUACGGAAAAUACCUUUCAGCCUCGGACGAGCAAUUUCUUCUAGGUGUGACCGGUAAUAAAGUUGUUCAAACUUUUCCACGAAAAUUGGAUUCAUCGGUUGAAUGGGAGCCUAUACGAGACGGUAUGAAAAUAAAGCUUAAAACAAGAUAUGGGGAUUAUUUACGCGCAAAUGGAGGUUUGCCUCCUUGGAGAAACUCGGUAACUCACGAUAUUCCCCAUAGACAUCACGACUGGAUUUUAUGGGACGUCGAUGUUGUUGAGAUUCGACAAGAAUCGCCACAAAAG